AAAAUUGACUCACAUCUACGUUCACCAACUCACUAUCCCUCGGCCCUCCCCCAAUGCCUCCUUGCUACACCAUAGUCAUCAAGCUAGGAUCCUCGUCGCUCGUAGACGAGGUCACGCGUGAGCCCCGGCUAGCUAAUAUGUCCAGGCUCGUGGAGACCAUGGUUCAACUUAGACGUCAAGGCCACCGCAUUAUCGUGGUUUCCUCAGGUGCUAUUGCAGUGGGAAUGCGUGCUAUGGGCUACACAACUCGCCCUUCCAAGCUCGCCACCGUCCAAGCACUCGCAUCCGUUGGUCAGGGAAUCCUUAUUGGUCUUUGGGAUAACUUAUUCAAACAACUCAGCCAACCCAUCUCUCAGAUUCUUCUAACCAGGAACGAUAUCGUGGACUUUACCCAAUACCGAAACGCCGUCAACACCAUCAACGAAGUGUUGGAAAUGGGAGUCAUUCCAAUCGUCAACGAGAACGAUACGUUGUCGGUGGCCGAAAUCAAGUUUGGUGAUAAUGAUACCCUACUGGCCAUAACCGCAGGAAUGAUGCAUGCUGAUUACUUGUUUUUGAUGACAGACGUGGAAGCGUUGUAUACGGCCAACCCGCGCUCCGACCCCAUGGCCCAGCCGAUAUUGAUAGUUGAAAAGGUUGAAGAGUUGCAAGUCAAUACCGAUACUGAUGCUGGUGCCGGCCUGGGAGUUGGUACUGGCGGCAUGACCACCAAGUUGAUUGCAGCCGAGCUUGCCAGCAGUGCCGGAGUGGUAACGAUUGUGUCUCUCAGCAGUAGACCUGAGUACAUGCUCGAUAUUGUUGCUGAUAUACAAGAUAAUGAAGGCACAUCGGUUGAAGAAAUGAAACAGAAAUUGGCCGACAAGGUCAAGAAAGGCCAUAUCCCGCUCCAUACAAGGUUUCUUUCUCUUCCAAGAGAUCAUGCGAUCAAGUCCGACAAAAAGUUCUGGAUUCUACAUGGCCUAAAGACCAAAGGGUCGUUAAUCAUCGACAAAGGGUGCUUCCAAGCCCUUUCCAGGAAAAAUAGAGCUGGAUUACUUCCAGCCGGUAUAGUACAUGUCACAGGAGUGUUUCACGAGAGCGAAUGUGUGUCGCUAAUGGUGGUGGACUCAAAAACAUCUCCUAUUGAAUCGGCCAAACUAGUGGGCCAGUGUCGAGUGAACUACAGUUCAGUUGAAAUCUCCAUGAUCAAAGGAUGUCAAAGUCAUGAAAUUGAACACAUAUUGGGGUUUGCCGACAGUGAAUACAUUGCCCAUCGUGACAACAUCGCGUUUCCUCCUCUAGUAGAAGAGGUGCUUAUGUAGUCCACAUAUAGAUAUAAAAGAUAAACCUGUGCGCGA